AUGGCCCAAUCCUUCGAUGAGCCCAUUCUCUAUACUUUAAGCGAAGCCCAACAAGGGAUAUCACAAUUCACAGAAGUUAUAAAGAGAUAUUGCAGAAUGAAGGUUGUCGCAGCGUAUUUGUUGGCUCUUUUGGGAGGUAACACUACCCCAUCAGCUGAAGAUUUGAAGAAAAUUCUCGGUUCAGUUGGAGCUGAAGCCGAUGAUGAUAGAAUCGAAUUGCUCUUGUCCGAAGUCAAGGGUAAAGAUAUCACUGAAUUGAUUGCAUCCGGAAGGGAAAAGUUGGCUUCAGUUCCAUCCGGUGGUGGUGGUGUUGCUGUUGCUGCCGCCGCUGGUGGUGCUGCACCUGCUGCUGCAGCAGCUGCGGAACCAAAGAAAGAGGAGAAAGUUGAGGAGAAGGAGGAGUCUGAUGAUGAAAUGGGAUUCAGUUUAUUUGAUGACUAGAAGGGUGAUGAUACUUUUGUGUUCUUCUUGUUUUGAUGCAUCUAAGGUUUUAUAUUUUGUUAUGAAGUUUUGGUAUUUUUUAGCUUGAAUUAUGUGAGACAAUUAAAAAGAUCUUGGAUGUAAAAGGAUUAGUUGAAAGUUUUAAGAUUUUUAAUUGAAGUGGUUUGAUUUGAUACUUCUGGUUUAUUUAUGCUUGUUGUCUUAAAUUUUAACAUGUGGUGGGUUGUUUUGUUUAUGCAAAAUGAUAGAAGAUAUGUAUUGUUGUUAAGUAUCUUAGAAUCUUUAUAUCAAAGACGAU